AUGCCGCGAAAGUAUUACAACCAUGUUCUUGCACUUCGCGAAAUUAUUUUAUUAUGUCUCCAAUUCAAAAUUACCCGCAUCGAAGUCAACAAAUUACAGGCAAUGAUAAACAAUUGGGUACUCAAGUACAAAAUGUACUACUACCAAUAUCGAACAUCUCGGCUCCCCACAUGCCCCCUCACCAUUCACGCCCUCCUGCACAUACCUUAUUAUAUCCUACAAACUGGGCCUCUCUGGGCCUCGUGGGCCUUCGUCAUGGAGAGAUUCUGUGGGCGGUUAUUACCAGCCGUCAGAAAUCGCACUCGGCCAUACAUCCAACUUGAUAAUUAUAUCAAACAGCGCGCACAGCUGCAACUUGUAGCAAAAAAGUAUGAUAUUCCCACACUCACAAAGGCUUACGUUAAGCCCAGUCACCCCAACGAGGUGCAAAUGUCGACUCAGGAAAUCGCUUAUCCACAAUUAUUAGGACGACCUAUACACUACAAAGUUACACUCGACAAAGUUUUAAAAAAGCAGCUGAUCGGGUAUUUUAACCUCGUGUACCCAGGACGCAAGCCACAAGACCAUGUCAAUAGUAUCGAUGCCGGCUCACUUAUUCGGUACGGACAAUUCUGCAUUGAUGAUGGCGACCGGUUUCGUACCGCGAUUAUGGUUGAUUGGGACCCGACUGCACGAGAUAACUCAUACAUUAAGGCAGGUACAAUUUCCUCCACUUCUCUUACCAGUAUCUUACGUUUUUAUCACACUAUUCAAUAUGGCCGGCUGCACGAUAUUUAUUAUGUCGAAUACAUUGAACCGGGUGAUGGGAAACGUGAGCCGUACCUCCUGGCUCGUGUGACAGAAUGUGUUACAGGGGGGAUUGACGCAUCGCGUCGUGGGACUCCUCUUGUCACGUAUAAUCAAGAGUUAGACCCCAGCAUUAUUCAUCUCAAGACUAUUGUUGCAGUUAUAGGUAGGGUACACCUGGGAGGUAAAGAGUGGGCGAUAGUUGAUCGAAGUCGGGAUGGCGCACGUACCCAGUUCCUCGACGUCGAUGGAAAUGUUGAUCACGAUGUAGAUGAUCGCUCAUAA